UCCAUCUCUAUUUUAAAAGUAUACUUUAUUGUUGUUACUUAUUGGACUCUCUCUUUCCAGAAGGCGAUUGCAGAGACAACAAUCACUGCAAAUACAAAAAGUAACAAAGGAGAGACAAAGACAGAGAUAGAGAAUGAAAGUAAAAACGAUAGCCUUACAAACAAACAACUGAUACAGAGAGAAAGAGAGAAAUUCUUUCAUUAGUUGAAGCGAUCCUUAAUUUUCUUUUUGAAUCCUACAGAAGUGAAAACGAUAACUGAGAGCCUUUGCAACCUUUUCCGACCUGCAAUUCCAUGAGACUGAGCAAAAGAAGGAGGUGGGUUAAUUUAUCGUGAUGCUGGAAGACAAGAAGAUGAUUAGAUGAGAUAGUCAUACACUUCAACCGUCCAAUUUUGAGAGAAGUUCAAUUCUUCGAAUAAUCCUAUGUCCCACGAUUAUUAUCACCAAGGCCUUUCUAGUUUCUCGAGUGGAUUCGAGAGACCUCAAGACCAACAACAACAACAACAUAUAGCCCACCAGAUCCGAGGAGAAAAAUUAACAGUAGAACGGUUUGAGCCGCCACUGCGCAUGGUAUCCACCAAUGAAGAAGAAGGAGAAUCAAGUGGAAUCCAACGUUAUGAGACAGCCGGAAUGUUGUCUGAAAUGUUCAAUUUUCAGACGAUGGCCGCGGCGACUACUGCAACUGAGUUGUUGCAGAGUCAAUUGUCUCAUAAUUAUAGACACCAGAAUCAACAGCCACAUCAUCAGCAACUGCAACCUCCAACCACGGAUUUAGGGAAUGAGUGGUUUGGUAACCGACAAGGGGUCGUAGUUGGUGGAAGUUUGCAGGUACCAUCAGGAGAUGCAAAAGAUGUGAAUUCAAAGGUAUUGAAUAACCGUGAUAGUGUAACUGCGCAUUAUCAGCGUCAGCACAAUCACAUACCAAGUAUAAAUACGGCGGAGUCCAUGCAACUUUUCCUUAUGAAUCCACAGCCAAGGUCACCAAUAUCACAGUCUUCUUCCCAACCUACUACUUCACCUCUUCAAGGGUUUCCUAGUCCAGCAGGAGGGCAUUUCGGUCAAUUCACAUAUGGAGGAGCAAGUACCACGGGGAACCACUUUAAUGCCCCUAAUGUAAAUGUAAUUGAAGGACAAGGCCUUUCAUUGUCCUUGUCAUCUUCUUUACAACAUUUGGAAGCAGCCAAGGUGGAAGAAUUAAGGAUGAGCAGUAGUGGGGGAGAAAUGUUGUUUUUCAAUCAAGGAAGUCAAAAUCAUCAUCAAUUUCAUCAUGUUGGUUUUGGUUCUUCACUUGGAAUAGUCAAUGUGUUGAGGAAUUCUAAGUACGCCAAAGCUGCACAAGAGUUGUUGGAAGAGUUUUGUAGUGUUGGGAGGGGUCAAUUAUCCAAAAAGAUCAACAAAGUUUCCAAGAAUAACGACACAACAUCAGCAUCUAACCCUAGUGGCAGUAAUAAUAAUUCAUCUUCUUCAAAGGAUAUCCCUCCUAAUUUGUCAGCUGCGGAUAGGCUUGAUCAUCAGAGAAGGAAGGUCAAACUUUUAACCAUGCUUGAUGAGGUAGACAAAAGAUACAACCACUAUUGCGAACAAAUGCAGAUGGUAGUUAACUCAUUCGAUCUAUUCAUGGGUUUCGGUGCUGCACUUCCCUACACUUCACUUGCACAAAAAGCCAUGUCUCGACAUUUCAAGUGUCUAAAAGAUGGCGUAACAGCGCAAUUGAGGCAGAGCUGUGAAGUGCUGGGUGAAAAAGAUGCAAGCACUUCAGGAUUGACUAAAGGAGAGACACCAAGGCUUAAGGUGCUAGAACAAAGCUUGAGGCAACAAAGGGCAUUUCAACAAAUGGGAAUGAUGGAACAAGAAGCAUGGAGACCACAAAGGGGCUUACCUGAACGCUCUGUCAAUAUUUUAAGGGCUUGGCUUUUCGAACAUUUUCUCAAUCCGUAUCCAAGUGAUGCAGAUAAGCAUCUGUUAGCACGACAGACAGGUCUCUCCAGAAAUCAGGUGGCAAACUGGUUCAUAAAUGCAAGGGUGCGGUUGUGGAAGCCGAUGGUAGAAGAUAUGUAUCAACGAGAAGCUAAAGAAGAUGAUGACAUGGAAGAUAAUAAUACUAGCCAAAACCAAAACAUUACUAGCAAUAUCAAUGCACAAACACCAACGCCUAAUAUUAGCAGUUCUUCUACCAAUACAGCAACAACAGAAACAAAACCAGCUGCCACUGCCACAAUUAAUACAACAGUUGCUUCAGACAAAAGAUCCCAAAUGAAUGCCCCAGAAAACAACCCUUCAAUUGUUGCAAUGAAUAGCCAUUCUUCCUCAAUGCCAACUCAAAUAUUGCCGUCGAUUCAAGAUUCUGAAAUUGGAUCGACGAUGAUAAGAUUUGGGACCACUUCGGGUGAUGUUUCACUUACCUUAGGACUGCACCAUGCAGGAAAUCUACCCGAGAAUACUCAUUUUUAUGGUUAAUUAAGAUUAUUUUAAUUUGAAGGCUGCUACAUGAAUCAUAAUAUAGAUAUAUAUUGUUACCCCAUUAGUUUAUACUAAAUUCUACGUACUGCAGCAAAUUAAACCA